GUGGACCGCUUGGUGAGUGGGAGCGCAGUCGCAGGUUAUCCAUCGCCUAGUGCAACUUCUACCGUCACUCUGAGACGCCUGGGAUCUUCAUUAACAUAGACGAGGGACUCGACUAAACAAAUUCACUCAACGCGAAUUCAAAUCGUUUCUCUUUUGCCCCCCUCUCUCCGUUUUUCUUCACCCCCCUGCUCAGGAUAAACCAUCCUGUGUUUUGAAAAGUCAAUUGUUGGUGCGCAUCAUUGGAGGAGCCAAAAAAAAGGAGUUUUGCCACUGUUCCAUUGUAGACUGCGGGCUGCUGGAGAGUCAUGACAGCUGAGAAGAGCGGGCCGGUUAUAAACGGUAAACCAGAGGAUGGUAAAGACCCGGACGGGUCCAGUUCCAUUCUGGUAAGGGAAUACAAUGAGAGGGGCCAUUGGAACAACAAGAUCGAGUUUGUCUUGUCUGUGGCUGGAGAGAUCAUCGGCCUGGGCAACGUCUGGAGGUUUCCUUACCUCUGCUACAAGAAUGGAGGAGGUGCAUUCUUCGUCCCAUAUGUCAUCUUCUUCAUAUGCUGCGGUAUCCCUGUCUUUUUCCUGGAGACUGCCCUGGGUCAGUUCACGAGUGAGGGAGGUAUUACCUGUUGGAGGAAAGUGUGCCCGCUGUUUGAGGGUAUUGGCUAUGCAACACAGGUGAUUGAAGCUCAUCUUAACGUGUACUAUGUAGUGAUCCUUGCCUGGGCCAUCUUCUACCUCUUCAACUGUUUCACUACAGAGCUGCCGUGGGCUGGCUGUGGGCACUACUGGAACACAGAGAACUGUGUUGACUACUAUGGAGAAAAUGCCACCAACAUCACGAACCCCAAUGCAACCUCUCCAGUCAUAGAGUUCUGGGAACGUAGAGUACUGAAGAUAUCAGAUGGUAUUGAGCACAUGGGAGGAAUGCGCUGGGAGCUGGCCAUGUGUUUGGCUCUGGCCUGGUUCAUCUGCUACUUCUGCAUCUGGAAGGGACCCAAGUCAACUGGCAAG